CGCGAAUAUUGUGAAUGUUUUGGAAAUUUUGGCCUAACUUUUUUCAGUUCGCGAUGAUAAAUAUAGCUAGAAAUACGAGAGGACUCAGAUAAUCUUCCAGAUUUUGGAAAUUUCAAGCCAAGGCAUGGAAGACCAUCAUGGAAAGUGGGAUAAAUCAAGGGGAAAGCAAGGAAAGCUUAGAGAAGAGGUUCUGUCAGCAAAAGAAGAAGUCCGCCCAGAGUAUGAAGAAUAUUUGCUUCUGCUACAGCAGAGAAACAGAAUUCUAAAGAAACUAAAGGAGAAGAAUGAACAAGAGAUUGAAUUGGAAAAAAAGGAGCAAGGAUUCUCUAUUUAUGUCAAUGGUGCUAAUGUAGAGCUUGGCCAAGCUUAUUCCAGGGCAAAAUCACGCAGUUCAUCAAGGCAUGCUAAGACAGCUGGAGAUGCUCAUCGCGAAAGAAAAAAAAUCUUACAACAUGAACUGGAAACAUUAGAAAGAGAAGCUGAAGCAAGGGAUGUCAGAGUGAAAACAGCUCCUGAUCCCACUCCUAGUUCAAGAAAAGGCUGGAAAUAUGAUUCAAUACAAAUAAAAACAGUUGGAGGAAAGAGUGUGAGACUGAGAGCUCCAGGGAGGAUUACUGGUAAAUACAGUGAGGACUUUGAAUCUGUGGCUGUGGAAAGUAGUGACAGUGCCUCUGACCAGGAUGUUGCUGAUAAUGACCUAAGUGAUCAAGAUGAGUUAGAGUUUAACAGUGAUGAUGACGAGGAUGAACUUACUCUCAGUUUCAAUGAUGUUGAGACACUUCGUAAGUCUCUAGAAGCUGAUGAAUCCAUAAAGGAAAGUAUUGAAGCAGCCAAAAAGAGAAUAGAGGAAGAAACAAAGGAGAAAAAUGCCAACAACAAUAACAUUAUUGAUGAUGACAAUGAGGAUGAAAUUGAAGAAGAAUUAGAAGGAGCAAAUAGUAGUUUAAAUCUCCAUGACGCAGCUGUGUUAGAACGACUACCACAAUUGACAAGUACACCAGACAAAAGACAGCAUGAAGUUGAAAGCUCUAUAAACACUAGUAAUAGCAUUUCAGAGGGUGUGGGGUUUGGGAAAACCUCAUCAGUUGACACUGACCAUGAAAAAACUAAAUCUGUGAAAAGCAAAGACUUGUCUGUGACUUCUGAUGGCAAUGAGAAAAAAACUCAUCAAAGAAGCAAAAAGCAUAAACAUGAGUCAGUGAACCCAGUUGAGGAUCUUGUUGUUCUUAGUUUUUCAUCAUCAACAGGGAAAAGAAAAGAGGGAAACUUGUCAGAAACAAGAUCAGAAAAACACGAAUCAGGAAAUCAAGAAGUAACCUUGACAUCAGGUAAAGAACUAAGUUUGUUUUUGAUAAAUCACCCUCUGAUUUCUUGGUGGGACACUGUACCUCUGAGCUACAGAGAACUUGGUCGUGAGCUUUGCCCUGUAGUAGGUUCAAGUAUGAUAAAUGUCCGGCUUACUGCUAGGAUCAGGUCAAAAGCAUCAUGUGUCUAA